AUGGAUUUUAUUAUGAAUCAGGAAAAUCUUAGUACCAGUCUUUCGAAAAUACUUGAAAAUGCAAAAUGUGAUAAGUCACCUAGUUUAUCAUCUGACUCUGCAGUUAAUUCACCUUCUAAUGAUCAAGAUCAUGAUAUGGAAUAUAAUGAUGAUAAUUUAAUAAGAAAAAAUAUCUCACCAUCAAGUUCAUUCUCAUCAACAACAAAUAAUAAUAAUAAACGUUGCUAUAUGGAAGAUCAUGAUCAAUCUGAUGAUGGUAUUGAUAUAGAUCGAGUAUCACCACCAAAUAAACAAAUUAAUAUUUCUGAGUCAUUUAAUGAAAAUGACGAAUUAAAAAAUAAAAAUGAAAAUAAUACUAAUAAAAGUAUUACAAAUAAUUUUGGCUAUCGAAGUGAACUUAAAAGACCAGACUUAAAAGGAUCUUUUCGUUGUACAAUAUGCUCAAAAAUUUUUUGCCACAGUUCUUCAUUAUCAAGACAUAGAAUGCAAGCACAUUUCAAAAGUUAUACAUGUACAUUAUGUCAUAAAGAAAUUUCAAGUAAGUUUUAA